AUGAUGAAAACAGUUAUCAGCUGGAUUAGUUUAUUACUUGUUGUCUGUAUACCAUUAGUAGAUGGUCGUUUCACUAUUACUAAUUUAAAAAAUGGUGUUAAUGGUGGUGUAGAUUGUGCAACUUGUUCAGUUCUUUUAGGUAUUGUUGAUCAUCUUACAAUUGUUUAUAAUGAAAGUGCUGCUCAAUCACUUGAACGACUUUGCUCAUUUUUACCAUCGGAAUAUAAAUUGUAUUGUAAAGCUGCAAUUGAUUUUUUAGGUCCAUAUAUAAUUGAUGGUUUUAUUAAAGGCGAUAAUCCUGAUGUUAUUUGUCAUUCAUUAAAAUUUUGUACAGAUGAUCCUGAUCAACCAAAAUGUCGUCUUUAUCCAUCCAAAACUUCAAUAUCAGAUGCAUUAAAUGCUUUAAAUCUUCGUCAACGACAUCCAUUAAUUAUUUCACAAUUAAAAGAUCCAAAAAUAUGUCAAGUUCCUGGUAUUAGAGAAAUUUGUAAAAUUCUAGAAAAUAUAUUCAAUAAUCAUAUGCCAGCAGUUGAUUUUGAUCAAGAUAAAUUUGGUAUAGAAGCAACACUUCGUGGUAGUUCAUGGCGAGGAAGAGAUUGUAAUGAUUUUUCAUCAACAAUACAUCCAGGUGCUCAUGUUGUUGAUGGUGAUAGUGUUAUAGAUCAUAAUUGUAAUGGUAUCUAUGGUAUGAAUUCAGCAAGUGGAAGACCAUAUGAAGAAGAAUUUUGUAAUAAUACACAACGUUUGGGUAUAGCAGUAUUAGGUGAUUCAAUAUCGGCUCAUUUUCAUCUUCCCGAACAAUGGUUAGAUGCUAAACAAUUAUCCGUAGCUGCAUUUGAACAUUUAACAUUCAUUCUUGAAAAUGAACUUGAUUGGCCACAAUUAUCAGGUACUACAGGUCAUUUUAAUUUUAGUUGGCCAAAUAUUGAAGGUCCAACACGUUCAAUUUAUGCUCGUUUAUUUGAACUUGAUCAUUGUAAUCAUCGUGAUUAUCAAAAUAUUGCUGUUAAUGGAGCUCGUAGUGGUUCUAUGCUUGAUAUAAUGAAAUCUUUAGCACGUAAUCCAAAAAAUGAUGUACCACUUCUUGUUAUUUAUUCAUUAGUUGGUAAUGAUGUUUGUAAUGGUCAUCCAGAUACUAUUGAUCAUAUGACAACAGUUGAAGAAAUGAAAGAAAAUGUUUUAAAAACACUUACAUAUCUUGAUACAAUUUUACCAAAAGGUAGUCAUGUUUUAACAACUGGUUUAGCUAAUGGUAGUAUGUUAUAUGAUUUAUUACAUGAUCGUAUUCAUCCAUUUGGUCGUGUUGGUCCACCAAUAUCAUAUCCACAAAUAUAUGAUUAUUUAUCUUGUUUACAAAUAUCACCAUGUAAUGGAUGGAUGACAUCAAAUGCUACACUUCGUUUUUUAACAACACAACGAGCUAUGGAAUUAUCUGCAGCAAUAAGAAAUGUUUCAUAUACUUAUAAAUCUAUUCAAUAUGAUAUUGAAUAUCUUGAUUUUCCAUUUGAUGAUGUUAUACAAGAAUGGAUUGCUCAAGGUGGUGAACCAUGGCAAUUAAUUGAAAGUGUUGAUGGUUUUCAUAUAAAUCAAUAUGGACAUGCAACUGUAUCUGAUGUUCUUUGGAAAUGGUUACAAAAAAAUAAACCACAAUGGUUACCACCAAUUAAUCCACAUAAUGGAGAUAUUGAACGUGUUUUUAAAGAUCAAGGUGGAUACUAA